AUGGCAGUAAGCUUAGUAGAAGAGGCAAAUGCACCAACGAUGCACAAUAACGAAGACGUAAAUGAUUAUUGCCAUAGAGAAGAAAAAUUAUAUUACCAACUAUGUACCGCCAGUACACUAGGUAAAAUAGAUACAGAAGCAAAAAUUAUACAUGAAACACUUAAAGAACAAACGUUAGCAAACUUUAUUAAAGGAUUAGUAGAACCGAUUAGGACAAUAGUGAAAUCACGUAAUCCGAAAACCCUUGAAAUGUCUAAACAGUUAUCAAAAGCUAAAGAGGUCGAAUAUAAUACGGAAAGGGAUAAUUAUAGGCAUAGAAAUGAAAAUUCAAACAACAGAGGUAGUUUUUCACGUAACAAUAGUAAUAACUAUCAGAGAACGACUAAUACGAAUUACAAUAACAGAAACAACGGAAAUUUUCGAUCAAAUAACUUUACGAAACCGAAUAAUUUUACGCGAACAAAUAAUUACCAACGAACAGAUAACUUUACGCAACCAAAUAAUACUAACAGGCCAGUAAUAAAAUGCUAUAAUUGUAAUGGAAAUCAUUAUGCAUCACAGUGUAGAAACAAUCCAAGAACUAACUAUUCAAAUAACAGUAGCAACAACCGUCCACCUAAUAGAAACAAUUUUACGCAACUACCAACGAACUAUAAUAUACAAGUAGCAACAUGUACAUAUUGCAAUCGAAACGGGCAUAAUAUUAAUGCAUGUUACAAAAAACGAAACGAUGAAAGUAGACACGACAAUAACUCAGGAAACGCCAACGUAUCGAACGAAGGGCGCGGUACUCGUUCGAUAAACCAGAUUAUCGCAGAACAACCAAUGCACGAUGCUACCACAUCGUUACAACUAUAG